ACGGGACAGCGCGGCAGAGGCAGGCCGACAGAGGGUUCCAGUCCUCCGGCUGCUUCCAGCGAGCUGCUCCAGCGGACCUCAGUUGCUGCUCUGCUCUCUGCAGCUAACGGCUCUCAAAUCAAACCCCAACUAAAUCAAAUUCAGGACGGGGCCAUCUCACUACCCUGCUGUUUCUGGAACUGGGCAUACUUUCUGGGUCAACAUGUCUGGGAAGGUGAGCGCCGACGAGCUGGAGGAGAUCAGGCAGAGCUUCCAGAAAGUCGAUGUGGACAACAGCGGCUUCAUCUGCGCCUCAGAACUGGGCGACCUGUUCCGGGAGGUGGGAUGUCCGUUGCCUGGAUACCAGAUCCGGGAGCUGCUCCAGCGACUGGACCGGGACAAAGACAGCCAAAUCAACUUUGAGGAGUUCACGGCUAUCUUCCAGGAGAUGAAGGACGACAAAAUGGCUCAGGGUUUCAGGAAGGCUCUCAGCAAGAAAGAAGGUGUCGUAGCCAUCAAAGGCACCAGUGAGCUCUCCAGUGAGGGAACUACACACUCCAUCUCUGAGCAGGAGCGCUUCGCCUUCGCCAACUACAUCAACUCAUCUUUGGAGAAGGACCCGGACUGUAAGCAUGCCCUGCCCAUUGACCCUAACACCGGACAUCUGUUUAAAGCUGUGGCAGACGGCAUUUUGCUUUGUAAACUCAUCAACUUGUCUGUUCCUGACACCAUCGAUGAGAGGACUAUCAACAAAAAGAAACUCACAGCUUUCACCACACAGGAGAACCUGAACUUGGCUCUGAACUCAGCUUCAGCCAUCGGCUGCCAAGUGGUCAACAUCGGCGCUCAGGACCUAAAGGAGGGCAAGCCUCACCUGGUGCUCGGCCUCCUCUGGCAGAUCAUCAAGAUAGGACUGUUUGCCGAUAUAAAACUGAGCCGCAACGAAGCCCUGGCAGCGCUGCUGCAGGAUGGGGAGAGUCUGGAGGAGCUGAUGAAGCUCAGUCCUGAAGAACUGCUGCUGCGCUGGGUCAAUUUCCACUUAAAGAAUUCGGGGAUGACCAUAUCAAACUUUUCUGGAGACAUUAAGGACUCCCGGGUGUAUUAUCACCUGCUGCAGCAGAUCGCUCCAGAUGGCAGCAAAGAGGACGUUCCUCGGAUUGAGAUUGACAUGACUGGUCUCUAUGAGAAAGACCUGAAAAAGAGAGCCGAGUGUCUGCUGAAACAGGCCGACCGGCUGGGAUGCCGUCAGUUUGUGACCGCCACCGACAUCGUGACAGGAAACGCCAAACUCAAUCUGGCCUUCGUGGCCACGCUCUUCAACAAGCACCCGGCGCUCACCAAACCCGAAAACCAGGAGUGGAAUCUUGAGAGUGAGACAAGAGAGGAGAGAACCUUCAGGAACUGGAUGAACUCGCUGGGAGUCAGUCCACACGUUCACUACAUCUAUGGAGAUCUGCAGGACGCCAUAGUGAUUCUGCAGCUGUAUGAAAAGAUUAAAGUGAAGGUGGACUGGGACCACAGAGUCAACCUUCCUCCCUACAAGGGAGUAGGAGGAGGCCACUUAAAGAAGAUUGAAAACUGUAACUACGCCGUGGAGUUGGGGAAGACCAAAGCCGGCUUUUCUCUGGUGGGAAUCGGAGGUCAGGACCUGAAUGAGGGGAACGAGACUCUCACCCUGGCCUUGGUGUGGCAGCUGAUGAGGAGGUACACUUUAAACGUGCUGGAGGACCUCGGACAUGGAGAAGUUGCUGGAGACGAUUUGAUCAUCUCGUGGGUCAAUAAGGCUCUGAAGGAAGGUGGCAAGAGUUCCUUCAUCAAAAGCUUUAAGGACAAAGCCAUUAGCACCAGCCUUCCAGUGCUGGACCUGAUUGAUGCCAUUCAGCCACAGAGCGUGAACUUUGACCUGGUGAAAAGAGAGGAUUUCUCAGAUGAAGAUAAACUGGACAAUGCCAAGUAUGCCGUCUCCAUGGCGAGGAAGAUCGGCGCUAAAGUCUACGCCCUGCCUGAGGACUUGGUAGAAGUCAACCCUAAAAUGGUGAUGACCAUCUUUGCCUGCCUGAUGGGGCGGGGCAUGAAGAAGGUUUAAAGAGCAGCAUGUACACACUCACAGGGACUGUCUUCACCUGCUGAAACAUAAAGGCAGUGAACAUGGUGUAGAAGUUUGUUCUGACUUUGUGUCUUUAAACAGAAACAGGAGGCUAAAUCUAAAACGUCAAAGGUUCAAAUAUCAUUCUUCCUGACGUUAGCAUUUAGGUUUAAAAUUGAUUGUUCAUCUCAGAGACCACUCGCUCUCCUGUAGAGAAAAGUAGAAAUAGGGUCUUUAAAUUUGAAAGUUGUGACACAUGGGGAACAUCGGGGUGAUUCUUUUUUCAGUUUCCGGUUGUGUGAUGGGUUUUUUCUCCUCACUCCCCUUAUCUUUACUUUCUCUGUUUUUUUUUCUAUGAUAUCCUCAUGUGUCACCGCUUUCACAGUUCUGCCGUGUGCCAGCCUGUUCACAGGAUAAGCAUUUAUCACAAUUAAGCCAUAUCGAUCUUCACGGAAUGCCUUAUAUUGUGAAAUUUGCAGACCAUCUUUGUUAUGCCAAAGAUGGUCUGUAAGCUGGAAGCCAUUUAUUAGUAAACCUGAUUUUAUUGGCAUAAGAGCUGGAUGCAGCGAUUUUGCAUGACGACUGAAACUAUCCAACCAAAUCCAUCCAAAAGUUACUUUAUUGUGUAUUUGAAAAGACAGGACAGUCACAUUAAAAAAAAAAUUAUGUUUGGGUAUUUUCUGUUGACUUCUGAAUAAAAAGAAAAAUCUUGUUGAUAAGUGAAAAGUGUUGUACUUAUAGCAAAAGAUUAUUUCAUGCUGAUUGAUACUGUUUUCAUAGAAUAUUACCAAUACAGUUCAUAAAUAAAAGCUGCAGGUCAGUCUAAGCAGAAUUUAUUGUUCAUUUUAAAUCUGUGUUUGUAUUCUCACCCUUAUAAACACCAUAGCUGAAAUGUCAACAAGGGAAAAUGAUUCACAACCAAAUUACCAACAAAUGGUGAAACUCAUCAUGUUGCUGCGUCUUCAUACAUUCUACUGCUGCUCUAGCUUUUCCAAUCUAAACUAAUAUUCACUACUGUUUCCUGCCUUACAAUCAUUUCAUUGUAAUCUAAAUUUCUUUCAAAUACACUCUACUGAGAAUGACUGUACAAUCAGAUCUCUUGUCUCAAAUAAAUACCUUUUUUCAUUUGU